AUGCAAUAUAUAACUCCGGGAAACGCUGAUAAAUUGUCCGAAUCCCUAAAUAUCACUUCUCGGUCUCAAGUCCAACCAAAGUCUUUCAUUAGCCCCUUUUGCUUCUCAGCCGCAGAGAUCUCAUCAUGGCUCCAAUUGCUGUCGGUGAUGUCGUACCAGACGGAACUAUCUCAUUCUUCGAUGAGAAUGAUCAGCUUCAGACUGUCUCCGUUUACUCUCUCGCCGCCGGUAAAAAAGUCAUCCUCUUUGGUGUCCCUGGUGCUUUCACUCCCACUUGCAGUAUGAAGCAUGUUCCUGGGUUCAUUGAGAAAGCAGAUGAGCUGAAGUCAAAGGGUGUUGAUGAGAUCAUUUGCUUUAGCGUGAACGAUCCAUUUGUGAUGAAGGCAUGGGGAAAGACAUACCCUGAGAACAAGCAUGUGAAGUUUGUAGCUGACGGGUCAGGUGAAUACACACACCUUCUAGGACUUGAGCUUGACCUCAAGGACAAGGGUCUUGGUGUUAGGUCAAGGAGAUUCGCUCUGUUGCUCGAUAACCUCAAGGUGACUGUAGCCAAUGUUGAAACUGGUGGCGAGUUCACUGUUUCCAGCGCCGAAGAUAUCCUCAAGGCUCUCUAAGUUACUUAUCGUUUGCUUUUGUUGUAAACCGCUGUAUGUGAAGUAGUGGAUUCUAUAUCGCCUGGUUUUCAAACAUGUAGGCAUACUAAAAAUAAAGCGGUGUGUGAUGGACUUGCUUGGUGUAGUAAGUAAACUGUUGGUUUUGGUCUUAUUCUCUACGGUUAAUUUAUGAAAUUGAGUAAUUUUCACGUGAA